AUUAUUUGUUUUCACAAGUUGUGCGCGAAAAAAAAACAGAAAACCUCAAGCUGCAGUCAAAAAAUUUGAUUAAAUUUUAAAAACAAGUUUAAAUACGCGUUUAACUUACAAUUUUGCUUCGUUCCCGCAUAGUUAGACGUGAUGGUCCGCUUGUGUUGCAUUGCGCUUUGCCCGAGCGCGAAGGCGGACCGCGGAGUUGCGUGCUUCCCGUUUCCGCCGAACGAAGAGCUUCGCAAUCAGUGGAUAGAAUUUGUAGGCGGCGACCCGAGCCGGUUCCGGUGGAAAACCAAAUACGUUUGUGCGGAUCACUUCCUGGAGCUGGAACUGGUGGAGAUUGACGGCCAGAAGCAGCUGCUGGAGGGAGCUGUCCCAAUGGUUUACUCUCCGGAUGACGACGAAAACGACGAGCUGAUGGAUCGUAAUGACCUGAUGAUAUCGGGAGAAAGUAACUCGAAUGCGGUUGCAAAUGUCAGCACCAGUACGAUUCAGGAAAUACCAUCGCCUCAACUCCAUUCCCUAUUCUGUCGGAUCUGUUUGAAGAAAACAUCUGAUCUGAUUCCCCUCAAUUCAAAACUGCGCAAUGACAACCUGGUGGAUAUGAUAUUGGCCUUCUCCGGAUUGGUAAUCGAUACCGGUGGAGGUCUUCCGACGAAGAUUUGCGCGGCCUGCGUUGGGAAGGUCGACUUGGCGUACAACAUUCGGAUGGAGUUUGUGCAGCACGACCUCACGCUGCAGAAUUUAAUCGAUACCGAUCAGCUGCAGAUUUACUUCGAAUUUUAUGGAACUCGAACCAAAAAGUGGGGCAGUUCCAACGAAGCCUAUCUGGACGGUUUGAUGCAGGCUGUUAAGCAGGAAAAGAUAACCGUGGAACCUCAGAUUAUUCGAAAUGUUAACUUUGAUGUAGUUCCAAUUCAACAAGCCGUUGUAGUGAAGACUGAGAUUAUCGAUCCUUCUCCGAUGGAUCUAGUGGAUAGUGGUAAUGCAGAAGUAACUCAGUUUCCGGCGGAAGAUGCCAAGACGAAUGUCGAUACCAUGAGUUCAAAGCAAAAUCAAAAACCGCCAAAACAAAUUUAUUCAUGGAAGGAGCUCUGUAAAACGAAAGUGAAACCAUCGCAGAAGAAAAUGAGAGAACCCAACAUCAAAGAAAGUCUUCCCGGUCCAAAGCUGGUUCCUCACACUUGCUAUAUUUGUAACACGGAGAACGAAAGCGCCGAUGCUUUGGAGACUCACUUGGAGCAACAUGUCAGCUCCGUUCCCUACAGAUGCGAUCAAUGCAGCACCGAAGAGGUGCCCCAGGUACUCAAGACUCUGAGCUUCCUCAACCGGCAUCUUCAGACCCAUCUUUAUCCGUACGUAUGUGAUUUCUGUCCGUUGCGGUUCCUGAGGCAAGGUACGUACGUUAGACAUAUGCAGGAGAUGCAUUUGUCCAGCGAGUCGGACGGAUUUACGUGCGACUUCUGCGGUCAAUUCUUCGUUCGGAAGCGUCUGUUUCAAAUGCACUGGCACAAACACAAGGCGAUGGAAGAGGGAAGAUACAAAUGCGAAUACUGCGGAAAGUCGUUUGGCAAUGGAAGUCUACUUAAACGCCAUUUGCGCACCCACACCGGCGAGAAACCGUACCAGUGUAAGAAAUGCGGAAAGCAAUUCAACCACCUGUACAACUUCAAUAACCACAAACGAAUUCACAUUGGCGAGAAGGGUUACGUAUGCGAAGUUUGCAACAAGAGCUUCCUCAACAAUACCAGCUUGCGAUCGCACAUGGUUACGCAUUAUCCAAACGAUCCGCGAUACUGUUUUCCAGGCAGGCGGCCCGGCAAACCCAGCACCCAAAAGGAAUACGCUUGCAAUAUCGGCAACUGUACCUACGUCAGCAAAGUGUAUCAGACCUUCAUGCAGCACCGUGCAUAUCACCUUAAAAAGUUCCAGUGCGACAUCUGUGGGAAAAAGUUCGCGAUGAACCACAAACUUACCCACCAUAAGGCCUAUGUGCACGAAGGGAAGACACCCCAGUACAAACUGCUGUGUCCACUUUGCGGCAAAGGGUUCCCCAGCAAGCAAAAGCUGAACAAGCACAUAGACGUGCACGAGAACAACCGCCGUUACAAGUGCCAGUACUGCGAGAAAGCUUUCGUGUUGAAGGAAAACUGCAAGGCACACGAGCGCAUCCAUACCGGUGAGCGUCCGUUUUCCUGUCGGGUGUGUACGGCCGCGUUCAUCACCACUUCCGGGAGGAAAAAACACGAGAAAACGCACAGCGAGCUGAAUGUGCCCCAAGCGGAAGGGGAAGUUGAAAUGGAGGGCCGAGCUAAACUGAAUGAGGAUUGUGAAUAGUAAUAUGAAGCAAGCCAAAGCUAAAGGUUCGUAUUGUAGCAAGUACUAUAACAUAGACAUACUUUAGCAGUUGAUCACUAAAACAUCAUCUAAAACUGAUUUGGUAUGUGAAUAAACAUACUUAUUACAA